GAUGGUAUUGGGUGCUUGGCGUCCCUCCUUCCCCGGCAUGGCCUGAGCACUUGGGUCUCCGGUGUGGAGCGGAGGUGGUCGCACGCUCGGGACCUGCGUAUUUCUCUGGCGGACACCACGGCCUGACCUUGGCCACUGCUCUUUGGCUACUCUUGCUGACCUUGGCCCAGGGUCGGAGCCGAUGGCGUCUUGGGCCGCUGUCAGCCUAAGCAGAGUCCCUGCCCGGUGCUUGUGGGCGCGAGGCCCGGAUGUCCAGGCGGCUCUUCUGUCCACCCUCGCGGCCUCCCAGCCUGAGCCCGCGGGCUGUAACCCCGCUCCAGGAAGGACGCUACACCUCAGCGCGGCGGUCCCCGCCGGGCACAACAAGUGGUCCAAAGUCCGGCAUAUCAAGGGUCCCAAGGACGCCGAAAGGAGUCGCAUCUUCUCCAAGCUCUGUUUGAGCAUCCGCCUGGCGGUUAAAGAAGGAGGCCCCAACCCUGAGCUGAACAGCAGUCUGGCCAACAUCUUAGAGGUGUGUCGCAGCAAGCACAUGCCCAAGUCAACGAUUGAGGCAUCGCUGAAAAUGGGGAAAACCAAGGAUGUUUAUUUGCUGUAUGAGGGCCGAGGCCCUGGUGGCUCUUUGCUGCUCAUUGAGGCGAUAUCCAGCAGUGGCUCCAAGUGCCAUUCAGACAUCAGACAUAUCCUGAACAAGAACGGAGGAAUGAUGGCUGAUGGAGCUCGCCACUCCUUUGACAAAAAGGGGGUGAUCGUGGUUGGAGUGGAGGACAGAGAAAAGAAAGCUGUGAACCUAGAGCGUGCCCUGGAGAUGGCAAUUGAAGCAGGAGCUGAAGAUGUCAAGGAAACUGAAGACGAAGAGGAAAAUAACAUUUUUAAAUUUAUUUGUGAUGCCUCUUCACUGCAUCAAGUGAGGAAGAAGCUGGACUCGCUGGGCUUGUGUUCUGUGUCCUGUUCGCUAGAAUUCAUCCCCAACACAAAGGUGCAGCUCGCUGACCCCGACCUGGAGCAGGCUGCCCUUCUCAUCCAGGCUCUUGGCAACCACGAGGAUGUGAUCCAGGUCUAUGACAACAUUGAGUAACCAGGCUGUGUGUGCCCCCGGGGUCCUUCCUAGGUGACUGGCAGCCAUUCUGGAGCACGGGCUUCCACAGCGUACUCUGAAACUGAAGCAGAUUGGAGGCCUAGCAGCUUAGGAGGCACAAAACCAAGAGCUGCAGCCCUUUGUGGCCAAGGGAAUCGCUGCAUCUCCGUGGGGUCUCUGUCAGUUCUGCUGGUGUCACAUAGUCCUGGACGCAGGCUGGAGCCAGCCAGCUCUUCAGACUCUGAUCUCAGGAAAUUGGCUCUUGUGGGAAGGACAGGUGCCCUGAGGGCCCAUGUACUAGAAACUACUUUUUUUUUUUUUUAAAGAGAUAAGGGAGGGGCGCCUGGGUGGCUUAGUUGGUUAAGCGUC